CUAAGAUUUUCGGCCAUGCCACAAUGGUUAUAAUUCUAGCCUGGGUGUUGCUGAGCUUCUUGGAUCCCAGUAAGCAGGACUUGUCUCCGAUCCUCGGUAAGACUCCCAAGGAGCCCUGUGCCACGGAUCAGGCAUGUGACCCUCGGCAGCGGAGAGAUGCUGGCGGACGUGGUGGUGUUUAUGAGCACCUUGGAGGAGCACCAAGACGCAGGAAGCUGUACUGUGCCACGAAGUACCAUCUGCAAAUACACCCAAACGGGAAAAUAGACGGAUCUCUCGAAGAGAACAACCCAUACAGUAUAUUGGAAAUCACAGCGGUUGACGUCGGAGUGGUGGCGAUAAAGGGUCUGUUUUCGGGCAGAUAUCUGGCCAUGAACAAAAAAGGACGGCUCUACGCCUCGGAGGCGUUUAACAAGGAAUGCGAGUUUGUGGAGCGGAUCCAUGAGCUUGGCUAUAACACUUACGCCUCCCGGCACUACCGGACAGCGCCACCGUCGGCCCAGGGUGGCAGGAGGCGAGCCAGCGCCGAAAGACUGUGGUACGUGUCCAUCAACGGGAAGGGUCGACCCAGGAGAGGAUUUAAGACACGCCGGACAGAGAAGGCCUCGCUUUUUCUGCCCAGGGUUUUGGGAAGCAAGGACCACGAGAUGGUACACCUGUUCCAUACCAGCCGGGGGUACCAGGAGAACACCCUGAGGCAGCCGGGACAGUCCGAGCGAAGGCGGGACAGGGAGCGGAAGUCAUCUGCCACGUCCAAAAAGUCAGACGAUUGACACGGGUCACCUGCUGGCAAUCGGGCUCAACUUUUCCAAUCAAGUCAUGUGGUGGAUGUUUGCAUCAUCAGGGAGAUGAUGACAGUCCCAAAGCAUGUAUGAGGACACAAUGAACUUUUCCUCCACAGACUAGCUGGUGCUUUUGUGUUGCAGGAAAGAUGGUUCCCAAAUGAAAAGUCUUAUAUUUACAUACAAUAGGUGUGUGUGACUGACUUUACAGGACCAAAAACAAUGCUGCUGGAAUAUCACAUUCAGAACUGUAGGUUGCUGAUUAUCAGAAGCUGUGCUACCCAUUUAGUAUUUGAAGACAAAUGUACUGUAUAUAUGUGUGUCACUUUUACUGUAAGUUUUCAUAAAUACAGAUUGUGUUUACGUUCUUAUAGUUUGAGGAGUUUAUUUUGCAUUUAGGUCAGUAUGUUUGCUACAGCUAAAUAAAGCAUUCAAGCCUGCGAAUACACAGCAAAGCACUUUGCGAAACACGACAGGCUACUAUUUUAAACUGCAAAAAAGUACAGUGUAUGUUUCUGUUUGCCUAUUUAUUUUGACCCAUUGUUCUUUAAAUUAUUUGAUUUGCUCAUUGUUAUUGAUUUCAUGUUAUUGUUUUCUUAAUAACAUCCAUAUGACCAUUAAU